GAGCUCGCGUCUAUGACUAGACCUGGCUUUGGGCCGGGUUUGGGCCGAGUUUCAGGCCCAUGGCCCGGCCCACAAGGCCCAUGGAUGGGCCGGGGGUCAGGUCAGCCCACCCAUGGGCCAAUGGGCCGGCCCAUGGGCGGCCCACGAAAUGCCCAUUUGGCUCCCAAAUUGCAUAAAACUAAUGCAUAA